AUGGGGAUUGCUAAUGCGAUAAGGUUCGCAUGGAGGGAGAAGGAGAUGGAGCCCUUUGGAAGGGAGACGUUCGGGAGGACCAUACUGUUGGGGGUCCUGAAGCUGGAGGUAAAGGACGUGUUGUGCCUCCAGGCGAAUCCCCUGGAAGGGGCAUAUGAUGUCGUGCUACACACGGAGGGGAAGCAUGACGAGGUCAUGGGAAGGUUGAAGGUGGUCGAGUAG